CGUAUGGUAUGUCAGUGCUGCCGUUGAACCUGAUUAAAGGGACACGCAGUGUGGUGUACGAGCGUCUGGAGAACACUGAAGAUAUUGAAGAGGUUGAACACCAGGUGGAAAAGAUCAAAGCCAAGUGUGAGGACGGGCGUCCUCUGUCGUCGCGGGACCGUCGUAACCUCCAGGAGUUUGAGGACAAGCUACAGGUGCUCCAGAGGAGGGGAAGGCACCUGGAGAUAGCAGAGAGUCACUGCUGCACCAAGGUUGGAUCUGCUCUCAGACCACUCAAGAUUCUGCUGGGAAUUUUCUUCAUCCUGUUCGCUCUGCUGUUUGUUGUCGCUCUGUUCAUUUCAAAUUUGGACAAAGCUCUUCACUCUGCUGGCAUCAGUUCUGGCUUCAUGGUGUUUGGCACCAACCUCACCAACCCUCUGAAUGAACUCCUGCUGACUCUACAGCCUGUGUUCCCGUUGGAUUAUGUCCUGAUCACUGUCAUCACCAUGUACUUUGUGUUCACCUCCAUGGCCGGCAUCAGGAACAUGGGCAUCUGGUUCUUCUGGAUACGGCUGUACAAGAUCAGACCCAAGAGAACCCGUCCCCAGGCCCUCCUCUUCCUCUGCAUGAUUCUACUGCUGAUUGUCCUUCACACCAGCUUCAUGAUCUACAGCCUGGCCCCGCAGUACGUCAUGUACGGUAGCCAGAACUACCUGCUGCAGAGCCCGAUGCCACUAGGGAAUAAUACCACUUGGACUACCAAGACCUGCGAUGCCGACGCACCUCAAGACGAAUGCACAGUGACGAGAUCGUACCUUUUCCUCCACAAGUUCUGGUUCUUCAGUACCAUCUACUACUUUGGUAACUGGGUGUUUAUCGGGGUUUUCCUCAUCGGCCUGUUGGUGUCAUGUUGUAAGGGGAAGAAAUCAGUGAUCGAAGGAGAGGUGGAGGCAGACGACUCUGACAUGAGUGAAGACGAAUACGUCCACUGACAAGACCACAGCCUGCCAGACCUGGGUUCAAAUACUAUUUGAAGUCUUUUAAAUACUUUUGAGCAUUUGCUUAAGUCUGCCUGGGAGUGCCGGGUGGGCGGGGUUUGCAUGUUCUGGACUUUUCUAUGGGUUCACCUGCAAAAGGCAAGCUUAAUCAAAUACAAUUUAAGUAUUUGAAAUUAUUUUAAACAGUGUGCCCUAAUGAAUAUGACCCAGGUCUGCUACCUGCAUGGACCAGCAGACAUUUAAACCGGAUUGGUUUCUGUUACAUCUGGUUUGCUGUAACAUAAUAAUUUGACAUUUGGAUUGUUCAUACAAUGCAGUAAAACAUGAAUUUGAACUUUUGUUUUCUGGUUCUGCCUGAGAUCGGUUCAUAUUACACACCGUUGUGUUGAUACUGAUUUAUUAUAACAGGAGAGAGUGAUUGUGAGGUUGCUUUUUUCUAUUAGGGAAACUUUUUGUUUUUUGUUCAGUCAGGUGUCUUUUUUCAAAGCAGUAUGUAAACCCUUAUUGCAUCCCAAAUGGCACCCUAUUUCAUAUAUAGUGCACUUCUUUUGACCAAAACCCUAUUAGACCCUGGUCAAAAGUAGUGCACUAUAUAGGGAAUAGUGUACCAUUUUGAGAUGCAACCCUCUUUGUAUUACUAUGGGUAUGUGCCUGUUGUUUAAAAUGUCAUCUCCACCAAUUCCAUGUGUUUAUGUUUCCAAAAAGAAAGAUUUAGUGUUGCAAAAUUCUGGUAUCUUUUCCAAAAUGAGAGGAUUCUGAAUUUCCUGCUUAUUUCCCUCACUAUUCUGGGAAUCUUCAAAUGGAGAAUAAAAAUACAUAAAAACCAGGUCAUUUGGGGAAAGUUACCAACGUUUUGCAACCCUAAGAAAGAUCCUUGGCUGAUAACCAAACGGUGGGUUAUUAAACGACCUUCACCCUGUCAUACUGGAUGUUUUGGAUCCUGAGAAGAGAAGAUGUUGUCGGGGAAACAUAUUCCAGGCUUACUUUGUUUCUUAUUUUAACUCAGCACAUUUUUGUUGUCAUGUACAUUUCUGUAAUAUAUGGCUGGAUAAAUGUUUAUUUAAGCCUUUAACAGAUUUAUUAUUUUUAAGAUUACUAACUUAAGCACAUUCAGCAUGUUAACUUACAGCAACAAAUAUGGACAUGUAUUUGAUACCAUAUUGAUAAUGCACAUUGCUGAGUUAAAAUCUAUAUUCUCUUAUCCCUGAUUUUGGUAGUGUUUGGUCGGGCUUAACUUGACUAACUGUUAUUGCGUUGAUGGAUUGAUUUGCUGUAAAGUUAUCUUAACAUGAACUGAGCAUAAUAUCACUUGACUACUGAUCACCAUGUCAAUUUACUUUAUGAAUUUGGAAUAAAAUAUGAAUUCUGAAUUGAU